ACCAGAAAUAGACCCUUGUGAGCUUAACUAUCAGUGUAAUGCAUUGCUUUUUUUCUCAAUUCCGCUGGCAACAAACCACAAACUGAGCUCUGACAUUGAGGUUUUUUUUAAGCUUAUUUCAACUCUCACACACAUAAGUAAUGAGGAGUUCAGGCUAGGAGUUUUGUGGUGAGGACCUUCUCUUCUUACCAGCUGCUUUCUGAAAUGAUUGGAGCAAUUGGUGGAUGGUUCCUUAGUCUUCCAUAGGUAGCCUACAAAUGAUUUGAAGUAUUGAUUCUUUCUGAGCCUCACCAGACCAUUUCUUGCAAAACUCAUUGCUGUUGGCUGGUGAAUAAGGCCACGUAGGAAACAUUGUAAUCACACCGGAGAGUUGGUGAGAAGCAAGUGCUCCACCGCGAUUCUUCUCCUGCACGAGGAAAAUGGGCUGUGAUCGGAACUGUGGGCUCAUCGCUGGAGCUGUCAUUGGUGCAGUCUUGGCUGUGUUUGGGGGUAUUCUCAUGCCCGUUGGAGACAUGCUUAUUGAGAAGACAAUCAAAAAGGAAGUUGUCCUUGAAGAAGGAACAAUUGCUUUCAAAAACUGGGUUAAAACAGGCACCAAUGUGUACAGACAGUUUUGGAUCUUUGAUGUACAAAACCCAGAUGAAGUGGCACUGAACAGUAGCAAAAUCAAAGUUAAGCAGAGAGGUCCUUACACAUACAGAGUUCGUUAUCUAGCCAAGGAGAAUAUAACUCAGGACCCUGAGGACCACACCGUCUCUUUUGUACAGCCCAAUGGAGCAAUCUUUGAGCCUUCACUGUCUGUUGGAACCGAGAAUGACACCUUCACAGUUCUCAAUCUGGCUGUGGCAGCUGCACCACAUAUAUACACAAACUCAUUUGUUCAAUCUGUGCUCAAUUCGCUUAUCAAAAAGUCCAAGUCUUCUAUGUUCCAAAGAAGAACUUUGAAAGAACUGUUGUGGGGUUACAAGGAUCCAUUUUUGAGUUUGGUCCCAUAUCCUAUUUCUACCACAGUUGGUGUGUUUUAUCCUUACAAUAAUACUGUAGAUGGAGUUUAUAAAGUUUUCAAUGGAAAGGAUAACAUAAGCAAUGUUGCCAUAAUUGAAUCCUAUAAAGGAAGAAGGAAUUUGUCCUACUGGCCAAGUUAUUGCGACAUGAUUAAUGGCACAGAUGCAGCCUCUUUCCCACCUUUUGUUGAAAAGUCUCGGAUACUGAGGUUCUUUUCCUCUGACAUUUGCAGGUCCAUCUACGCUGUGUUUGGAUCUGAUGUUGACCUUAAAGGAAUCCCCGUGUACAGAUUUGUUCUUCCAGCCAAGGCUUUUGCAUCACCACUGCAGAAUCCAGACAACCACUGUUUCUGCACUGAAAAAGUCAUCUCAAACAAUUGUACAUCAUAUGGUGUGCUAGACAUUGGCAAAUGCAAAGAAGGAAAGCCUGUGUAUAUCUCCCUUCCACAUUUCCUACAUGCAAGUCCCGAUGUGUCAGAACCUAUUGAAGGCUUAAACCCAAAUGAGGAAGAACAUAGGACAUACUUGGAUGUGGAGCCUAUAACUGGAUUCACUCUACAAUUUGCAAAACGACUGCAGGUCAACAUACUGGUCAAGCCAGCCAAAAAAAUCGAAGCAUUAAAGCAUCUGAAGAGAAAUUAUAUUGUACCUAUACUUUGGCUUAAUGAGACUGGAACUAUUGGUGAUGAGAAAGCAGAAAUGUUCAGAAGUCAAGUGACUGGAAAGAUAAAGCUUCUUGGCCUGGUAGAAAUGGUCUUGCUUGGGCUAGGAGUGGUGAUGUUUGUUGCUUUUAUGAUUUCAUACUGUGCUUGCAGAUCCAAGAAUGGAAAAUAAGUAGUAAAUGAGCCUUCAUUUAUGCACCGGCUACAUGAAGAUCUUUGAUAGAACUAAUCUACAAAUGGAGACUUAAUAUAUGCUUUGUUUUUAUAAAACACACCUCUCUUUAGUUGAAGAAAAUGGUGGUGUUCUCUCUCUCUCUGUGUCUCUCUCUCUCUGUCUCUCUCUCUCUCCAUAUAUAUAUAUAUAAAUAUACAUAUAUAUGAACCAAGCCAAAUCAUAUUUCAGAAGGAUUAAUAUGUCACUAUAGCCUAUAUUUUAAAAAGUCCAGCACUUUAUAAAGUCCAUCGUUUGUAACACUGAGUGGACUUCAGUUUCUGUAGAACCAGUUAUUCUUGUUUUGUUCUGAUUUAUUGAUGUGCUCCCUGAUAGCAAAGUUCAAGAGUAUAGAUUCUAAGCAAUUGUUCUUUUCCUCAUUGGAGGGAAAACACCAUCAUAUAUGGGUGUCACCUUCAUUUACAGCAAUGAUGGGACUGUCGGCACAUAUAUCUCAUAAGGAUGAAACAUUUUGAAAGACAUUCAAGAAUGAAGAAUGAAUAAUUGGCACAUGAGUCAUUGAUUAUAUAUAUAUAUAUAUAUUAGGUCUCUUUCUCUUUGAAGUCCUUGGCACAGCAAGGUCAGAUAUCACAGAUAUUUUUUACGUUCUAUCAUUGAGCUUAUACGUUUUGCCCCUCGCCAUGAAAUGGACAUCGUUAACACACUUUAACUCUUCAUAUUUAAAGCACGUUGUCAUGUUCCAUGCUGCAGAGCUUUCAGAGACUGAGUCGGUUUUCCUCUUUCUGCUCAGCUGCAACUAAUGUAACCUCGGAGAGCUGUUAUAGUAUUAAGAGAUGUAAAUGAUAAUAAAGGAAUUAUUUUGUGGAAUAUUACAAAAGCUAGAAUGUGCUUUAAAAUGUAUUUGUGAUAAUAUCUUCUGCUUCCACAGUUACCUAAAAAGGACUAGUUUCUAAUAUUAAAAGACAUUGUUCCUUGUAAA